GAAAUAUUGGAGAAACUGAGCGAGUCAGGCAACAUCUGUGGAAGAACAGUAGAGACCCUUCAUCGGGACUGAGUAAAUGGAAGGUGCAGGCAGCACGACGGAUUGGAUCACACUGGAACAGGGGGUGCAGGAGGAGGGGAUGGACAGUCCGCAAGUCCUGACCCUCCCUCAGCAGGCUCACCACGCCAUGGAGAAGAUGGAGGAGUUUGUCUUCAAGGUUUGGGAGGGCAGGUGGCGUGUGAUCCCACACGAUGUCCUGCCCGACUGGCUGCAAGACAAUGACUUCCUGCUCGACGGUCAUCGGCCGCCGAUGCCCUCGUUCCGUGCCUGUUUCUACAGCAUCUUCAGGCUGCACACUGAGACGGGGAACAUCUGGACACACCUACUAGGCUUCCUGUUCUUCCUUUUCUUCGGAGUUGGAUACAUGUUCCAGCCCAACAUCAACUUUGUGGCCCCCGUGCAGGAGAAGGUGGUCUUCGGCAUGUUCUUCCUGGGCGCCAUCCUGUGCCUCUGCUUCUCCUGGCUCUUCCACACCGUCUACUGCCACUCCGAGAAAGUCUCACGCACCUUCUCCAAGUUGGAUUACUCAGGCAUCGCGUUGCUGAUCAUGGGCAGCUUCGUACCCUGGUUGUAUUACUCGUUCUACUGCUCCCCCCAGCCCCGGCUCAUCUACCUCAUCACCGUCUGUGUGCUGGGCAUCACCGCCAUCGUGGUGUCCCAGUGGGACCGCUUCGCCACCCCUCAGUACAGGGCUGUGCGCGCGGGCGUGUUCCUGAGUCUAGGCCUGAGCGGACUAGUCCCCACACUUCACUUCAUGUUUGCCGAGGGCUUCAUCAAAGCAGCGACGGUUGGACAGCUGGGCUGGCUGUUCCUCAUGGCUUUCCUGUACAUCCUGGGUGUCGCCAUCUACGCUGCUCGCAUCCCUGAGCGUUUCUUCCCCGGCAAGUGCGAUAUCUGGUUCCAUUCGCACCAGAUUUUCCACGUUCUUGUGGUGGCGGCAGCGCUCGUUCACCUUCACGGAAUCUCCCAGCUUCAGGAAUUCCGCUCAUCGCUUGGUGCAGGCUGCGCCUCCAACACAAUGCUGUGACCUGGUCUCCAUCGAUUCAUGGACUCGCUUGAAGCGUGGGGGAGAGUGGGAGUUGCUGUUGGAGGGAAGAGAGAGAGGGACAAAGAAACUGGAGAUGGAAGAGAGAGAGAGACAGGAGGAUGAAGAAGAGUGGGGGUGGGGAGAGAGAGAGAGAGAGAAUGAAAAACGGAGAGAGGAAGAGAGAGUGCGUGACCGGGAGAGACAGAGGGGGAGAAAUGGACAGACAGAGAGGGAGAAAGGGUGAGUGGAGGGAAAGAGAUGAGUGGAGAAAGAGAUGGGGAGGAAGAGAGACGGAGGAAAAGUAUGAGAGGGGAGGAAUGGAGUCAGAUGGGAGAGAAAGACUUGCAGAGAGUGAGAGAGUGGGACAGUGAAAAAGAGAUAGGGAUAGGGAGAGAGAGACGCAGAAUGAGAGAGGGAGAGAGAGAGAACAGAGCAGCACACAGAGAAGGAGAGGAGGACAGUGAUACAGAAGGAGGAAGAGAUGGAGAAUGGGAUGAGGGGAACAUAAGGAAAUCUAGAACUGAGAGAAGGUAAGGGGGGAAGAGAAUGUGGUAGGCAGGACUGUAAUGAGGUGCAGAGAGAAAAAUAUUGC